ACUACCAGACAACUCAUUUCAAUUAUAAAUCACUUAUUCUUGAAGUAGCACAGACUACACUAUCUACAUGAGUCACUCUGGUCUUUACCGAAACUGUGACUGGUUUUUCAUUCUCAACUGUAUUCUCAAGAGGGGCAGACGUAAUUUAUUUUACAGGUAGCGGGUAGCGUUUUCACGUUAAAACAAAACGCAUACAAUCUGAUGUCGUCUUCCCCAGUAAUAUUACUGUAAGGCGUUUCAGUAUUUAUCAAAUGUAAUAAAUUUGAUUUUUUCCUGCGCUGAGUAGCUUUCUUCUCCUUUCUGUUUUUAUUGUAUAAUAUGCUAUUUUUAAGCUUUGCUUUCGUGAAAAAUAAGUCAGAUUUUUUAAUGAAUUAAUUGAAUCCCCUGUUUUAGUUGUAGAAACCAUUUAGCGUUACGCGCCGCCUGUCCUCAAUCUUGCUUAUUGCGCCCUCUAGUGACACUACUGAAACUCGCAUGUGCAGUACUAGUUCUGCGGCAGCAACUUCCGUAUGAGGGUGAGAGGGGGUCUAAGUCCACCGCAGCCGUGUGGACUUUAGAGCUUAAUGCACUGAACCCGAUAGCGCGGAAUAUCCAUGAGCGGAGCUGUCUGACUUCGUAAAUCACAUUCGCUUGCUUGGGCAAAAGCGGGGCUGGAGGACCGUCGGCUUCCAAUGGCCUAUCUAUCCGUUUCCCUGUUACUGCUGGCGGCGACAGUGCUUCUCAGUGAAGUGACGAGGAGGACUGCGACGAGGUUACUUGCUGGAAAGGAUUAUGCUGUCUAUGUGGUGGAGAUCAUCUCGACCUUUCAGCUGUGCGCUUGCACCCAUGAGCUGAAACUCGUGGGGGAGGUGGGAAGGGUCGAGCCGCAGAUAGGACUGACUCUAACCUACCUCAUCACGGUGGUCCACGUAUUAACUUUCCACGGAGCCUUCUGCAACCCCUCCGGUGCCUUGGAGCAGUUUUACCGGGGGAACUUGACAGAAAAAAGCGUCGUAGCGAGGAUCGCCUGCCAGUUUCUGGCCGCUUCGAUUGCACGUUUGCUGCUCCCACACAUCUGGUCUUUAGGACUCUCGGAUUGGCACCUCCAGCAUGAGCUGUCUGGCUUUCAGUGCGGCAGUCCGAUACGAGACACGCUCCUCAAGGCUGCGGGAGUGGAGCUGUGUUGUGCGUUCGUGAUGCAGAGCACUGUCACUCACUUGCACAAACUGGACGGAAAGUAUCACAUCCACGUUAUAGCUGCUGUCAUCACACUCCUGGUCUACGCAGGGGGCCAUGUGUCCGGAGCUGUGUUCAACCCUGCACUGGCCUUCUCCACUUGCUUUCACUGUAGUGGCAACACCCUCAUGGAGUAUGCCUUCGUCUACUGGCUGGGCCCAGUACUAGGAACGGCUAGUUCUGUGCUGCUUUUUGACAAGGUCAUUCCACUUUUACAUGGGAAUGGUGGGACACAAAAAAUGAUGGAAUUUCCUCGGACACAAACUAAAAAGAUACAGUAAAUGGUGUCAUACUGAAAAGAAAAUACUGCAGUUUACUGCAAUAUGCACAUACAGCUUUAAAAUGCAAAAUUGAACUGCGUUGUUUUACGACAAUGUGUAGGGCUGUACAAUGCAGUACCUAGAUCACAGUAAGGCAGUACUCUGUUCACAGUGCACAGAGCCAAAACUGGUGCUUUAAAUAGCUUCCUAAGAGUUGUACCACAAUUUGCUUUUGGUAUUUUUAAUUGAGGUUUUAGAAUAUUAUUCAAAAUAUUAGAAAGUCUAAUAUUAAAUAUAUUAAGUCAGAAGUAGUCCCUGCUUAAGUCUCAAGAUGUAUGCAAAUAUUGUGUAACAUUCCAAUAUAAGAAUAUCGGACACAUGUCCUAAAAUCUGUGCUUUCUGUUCUGCACUGAUUUACUUUUACUUCAGGUUUUGCUACAACCACUUGAUUUACCUAAAUGAAUUAUUUCCAGAAUUGGUCUGAUUUAACACUAAAGUCUUAAGCUUUUGAUCCUUCAGAAAAACAACUUGAAGUCCAGAGGUGCCAGAUCUGGGCAGCCAGUGUAGAAUGUUCUGACCUUGUCCAAGGCUGAAUGCAAAGGAUGUCUUAGUUUCUGGUUUUUUCAUGUAUACAGCUGACUUAGAAUGUACUGAUUCAUGAAAAAGUGUCAUUGUAAUUAUUGACACUUUGUAUUGUAUAGCAUUAACAUAGUACAGGGUUAAUGUUGUAGACAAGUAUAAAUGGCAAAGGAUUGUAAGGUAACUUAGAAACUUUGACGGUUUAUUACAAAUUAAUUGCAUGAGUUACUGUGACAAAAAAGGUUUCAAAAGUUGUCAACAGCAUUUUGACUAACCCUGUACUUUACAUCCUAAAUAAACCAGAUUUUUUUCAAUACCACAUAUACAUAUAGUAUGUGUAUAUAGGGACCAACACUACUCAAGUGUCACAAACAUCUCCAUUAUAGCCAUUAUAAUCCAGCAUCUCCUCUAUACAGACCAGAUGCAGAAAUAAGAAAUUCACUUAUCCCUACUCUUAUGAACGGAAUACUGGAAUCUUUAAUGACCAAGCAGUCAUUUAGUUAUUAGUAGCAGCAAACUUGUUUUCCUUGGAGGUCUCCCAUCCCAGUACUGACCAGGCCCAGUUUUGAUUAGCUUGUGAGAUGUGGUCUUCUGAUGUACAAGGUGGUGACACUGCUGUUAACUUUCAUAACAAUCAUAAUAAAAUAUACAUGAUGAAGGGAUGAUGUGGUAGUGCAAAAUGACUUCAAUGAAGUGGAUCUGCAUUCAGGUGACAUUUAAGGAGACAGAGAUGUAUGCUGUCUUGUAUCUUUUUUCUCUUAAAUUCUUUAAAUGGCCCAUUUUUGUCUGAGAUUACGCCAUAUUAUUAUUAUUAAUUAUUUGUAUUACACACUGGUGAUCACAUAAAAUUUCAAUCCUGUCUGAAUACAAACUAUUACAAAGCUUUCGUCCUAAGGUUAUAUUGAUGCCUGUUGUAAUGUUUUUUUAUAAUUUACAUUAAAAACACAAUAUUAUAAUUUAUGUAUACCCUGAAUAGAAUAAGCAGCAAAGUAGGUGGGGGAAUUAAUCUCACAUACCAUGGUGUUUUUUUAAAAACUUUUGUUUGAAAUAUCUAAUAUCUGUAGUUGAAAUGCAGAUAUCACUGAAAAUGUAUUGAAUACUACCAGACAGUUAUGGCUUCAUACAUACAGAUUUUAAAGGGGUUUGUAUAUUUGUCUUUUGUCUAGAAACAAAAGCACAACAAAAUGAAGAAAUAUUUCUCAAACUUAUGUCGAUACUGUAUGUAAAUCUAGUUAGCAUUUCUAGGAGUAUUAACGAUCGAUUUACCAUAUAAACAAAUGCUUGCAGCGCACUUUAGAGAUGCUUAAAGAAAAACUUUGGUCAUGGGAUUGGGUAUGGGAUUUAACAUUCCAAAUGUUCACAUUCUUUUAAAUGCGUGUACACAAA